GCGGCUACACCUCUUUCUACUUCGAUGAAUGAAAGGAAGGAGACUCUGUGUCAACUGUCAGAGCCAGAGAUUUCGAGUCAAGUAUUUCAGCAAGAAUUUACGUAUUUAAAAUUUGCAGUGAUAGGUUUCUACUUAUCCAAGCGUUGGUAAUUUGCAAAUUUUCGGUUGAAUGGAUCUGGAACGUGAACUGCCCACCGACGACGCCUCCAUGGAGCUGAGUGUGCCCGAAUCGUGGGAUGAUCUGAGAUCGUCCGACAGCCUGCUUACCCUGCAAGAGAGUGGCAGCAAAGAGACGAUAAGACCAUCCGGGUAUGAGUUAGCUGAUCCAUCUGAGCUUAGCGCGGACGAAAUUCACCUGGGUCUUCUAGUGGAGAAGGGUUUGAUUGACAUUCACUCAUUGGACGAUCCCUCAAACGAGGACCUUACAGAGGACUAUCCGAGUCUUCUGUCCAGGUCGGCGGAUCGUGGUGGAAUUGCUGACAUAGUCAGGGAAAUGCGAAACGAAUUCAUGAACAAGCUGACCUCUAAGGCUAAGAGCUUCAAGGAUGUCCUGAUAAAGAGAGGCCUGAUGGACCCGGAGGACGAAAAUCCUGUUCUGCAGAAUCACGCAGCAUCUGAGAAUAAAGGAGAGACCGAAGAUAACUCUCAGACUCCAGGGCGUGAGAAUAGCGGGGGCCAACCUAAGAAGCCAGCUCCGGGGGAAGGCGACGUCAAUCGAAAUGGUGAAAUCGCCCAGAUCAUAAAUGAAAUCAAUCAGUUUACUUCUGGCAUGGAGAGCGAUCCAAACACUGCGGACUGGGCCAGUUUCCGGGUAAACCUGCUGAAAAUACACAAGUACUAUGUUAAUGAGCCGAAAGAAAAAGACCAAGAACGACCAAUCAGCAAAUUCGGCACUGUCAAGAUUUCAGAAUCGUCAUACAUCAACGAGCCGUUGGAAGACCUCAGCAGUCGGGCCAAGUAUCUCCGUAAGAAUAUCCGAGGUCUCGAAUGCAGGAUGCUAACCCUGGACCACUCUGUGGAUGACUUUAGCGACAAGUUGAGUCGCAGCUCGGUAACCAAGGAGCAAGUGCAGCGGGAAAUGAAGGCGAUUGCACUGGUGCGCGAUGACAUCGGACGACGCCUUAGCCAGAUGGAAGUGGAAUUUCGCAGGGCCAAGGAGCAAUUAUUUGAACGGGGCAGGAACGCAAAAAUCCAAAGCAAUCUCGCUGUUUUAAGCAAUAGCCCUGAUUGUGACGCAUGAUUGUUAUGGUUUGUAUGAGAGUGAGCUACUGAUUAUUACCACUAAAUCGGGUUAAGAAAAUGUUUCGGAGUAAUACCAAUAAGUAUUAUUUAAAUACAGUAGCUGGCCGACAAGCAUUUGGUACGUGAAAUUGAUUAGUUUUGAAUAGACCGAUACAUAUGUUUUAUAACCAUACUUGUAUAAUAAAAUAUGAAAAAUUGUA